GGAGCGAUGGCGGAGCUGGAGCACAUCGGCGGCAAGCGGGCCGAGUCGGCGCGGAUGCGGCGGGCUGAGCAGCUCCGGCGCUGGCGGGGUUCGCUGACAGAACAGGAGCCCGCGGAGCGCCGCCGGGGCGCGGGGCGACCUUCGCCGUCACGUCGCGGGGCUCCCCGGGUUCGCUUCGAGGACGGCGCCGUCUUCCUGGCCGCCUGCUCGAGCGGGGACACGGAAGAAGUCAAGAAGCUCCUGAGCCGGGGCGCCGACAUCAACACGGUCAACGUGGACGGCUUGACAGCUUUGCACCAGGCCUGUAUUGAUGAAAAUUUGGAUAUGGUGAAGUUUCUGGUGGAGAACAGUGCUGAUAUAAACCAACAGGACAACGAGGGCUGGACCCCUCUUCAUGCAGCAGCCUCCUGUGGCUAUCUCAAUAUCGCUGAGUAUUUCAUUAACCAUGGAGCCAGUGUGGGUAUUGUGAAUAGUGAAGGUGAAGUUCCCUCUGACCUUGCGGAAGAGCCUGCCAUGAAGGAUCUUCUUCUGGAGCAAGUAAAGAAGCAAGGAGUUGAUCUAGAGCAGUCAAGAAAAGAAGAAGAGCAGCAGAUGUUGCAGGAUGCCCGCCAAUGGCUCAACAGCGGGAAAAUAGAGGAUGUGAGGCAGGCGCGCUCCGGGGCCACAGCUCUCCAUGUGGCUGCUGCCAAGGGCUAUUCUGAAGUCCUCAGACUUUUGAUUCAGGCUGGCUUUGAACUCAAUGUUCAGGACCAUGAUGGCUGGACUCCCCUCCAUGCUGCUGCACAUUGGGGAGUGAAAGAGGCUUGCUCCAUCCUCGCAGAAGCACUCUGUGACAUGGACAUCAGAAACAAACUGGGCCAAACGCCCUUUGAUGUGGCUGAUGAGGGUCUUGUAGAACACUUGGAGAUGCUCCAGAAGAAGCAGAAUGCGCUUCGAAGUGAGAAAGAGAGCCGGAAGAAACUCAUUGAGUCAGACUUGAAUAGCCCAUUGCAGAGUGGACUCUUUAAGAACAAAGAGAAGAUGCUCUAUGAGGAAGAGACACCAAAGUCCCAAGAAACGGAGGAAGAAAACAAAGAAUCUAGCAGCUCCAGCUCAGAGGAGGAAGAAGGUGAAGAUGAAGCUUCUGAGUCAGAAACUGAAAAAGAUGCAGAUAAGAAGUCAGAAGCCACUGUCAACCAUUCCAACUCUGAAAGCAAGAGUAGUGUUACGGAGCAGAUACCAACACAAGCUCAAAAUACCUUCUCUGCCUCUUCUUCUAGGAGAUACUCCUCCAGCCUUUUUAACAAGCCAGAAGAGUCCAAAGAUGAAUCUCCUUCUUCUUGGAGACUGGGUCUACGAAAAACUGGCAGCCACAACAUGCUGAGUGAAGUGGCCAAUUCCAGAGAAGCUCUGCGGGACCGGGGUUCUUCCAUCUAUCGCUCAUCCUCAAGCCCUCGAAUUUCUGCUCUGCUGGACAACAAAGAUAAGGAGAAAGAAAACAAAACCUAUUUUAGUACACUAGGACCCCGGAGGCUCAACAGUACAAAUGACAUUGAAGAGAAAGAGAACAGAGAGUCAGCUGUUAACCUGGUGAGGAGCGGCUCCUAUAACCGGCCCCUAUGGCGGGAUGAAGCCAAGGGGAAGGAAACCCCACAGGCCGUCACUCCUACCUGCUAUGUGUCAAGCUACUUGAAAAGUGCUUCAUUUGGUAGAAGUAGUGACCCCACAAGUCCCUACAUUUCAGCCAAUCGCAAUUCAUCUUCUGCUACCUCACCCAUUACCAUUGGUUCAUCUACCUCUCAGGGCAUCGAGUGGCAACCUGCCUUUUCUUGCCCUGCACCAAUCAGUGCAGACACUACUGCAUCUGUUCGCCAUGGCAGGUCUCCUUACAAAUCCCAGGCUGACUCAACUGCAGAGAAAACAGUAGACAAUGUCUCUUCUAGCACCCCGCUCUGUGUAAUCACCAACCGCCCUCCGCCUAGUACUGCCAAUGGGGUUACAAGUGCCACUGUGCUCUCCACUCCUGAGACGGACUCUGUGGAAGCCAAGGAGAGAAGGAGGUCCUAUCUGACACCCGUCCGGGAUGAGGAAGCAGAAUCUUUGCGGAAAGCACGCUCUAGACAAGCUCGGCAGACUCGAAGGUCUACUCAAGGAGUAACCCUGACAGACCUUCAAGAAGCGGAAAGAACUUUCAGCCGGUCAAGGGCAGAACGCCAGGCUCAGGAACAGUCAAGCCAGCAGCCUUCGGGCAGUGAAGAGCCUGAAGAGAAAACUGAGAAGCAUGAGGCCUCUGCCCCUGAGCCCGAGGAGGCCCCGAAGACCAGGGAUGGGAGUGUGGAUGAAGAGCCUGUCUAUCGUCGCCUGAGGUGUUCAGCUCAGGCCAACAAACCCACAACACCAGUGUCUCCUUCUGCCUCAAGACCCUCCCUCUUCACCAGCUCCCAUCUACGGACAAGCAGAUAUUCGGCCCCUGAUUCUGAGAAUUCAGACACCACCACAGAAGCUGCAGUCACCAAGGACAUGGACAAAACUGAGGGUGAAGAAGCAGGCAUGGAUGACCAGUCUUCCAAUAGACUAUCCACUCGAGAGAGGAGACGGCCCAAGGAACGGCGAAGAGGCACAGGCAUUUGGAUAACGGAUGAUGAUGAGACUGGUGGCACAGAAGAAGGAAAAGAAACAUGGCAUGAAAGACUUUCUAGGUUGGAAUCUGGAGGUAGUAAUGCGACAAGCAGCGAUUCCUACAGUGAUCGGGCCUCAGCAAGAGCCCGCCGUGAGGCCCGAGAGGCCCGUCUAGCCAGCCUGGCCAGCCGUGUAGAAGAGGACAGCAACAGGGAUUAUAAAAAACUCUAUGAGAGUGCCCUGACUGAAAAUCAAAAACUGAAAACGAAACUUCAGGAGGCUCAGCUGGAGCUGGCUGAUGUCAAAACCAAGCUGGAGAAGGUGGCUCAGCAGAAACAAGAGAAGUCCUCUGACCGAUCUAUGCUGGAGGUGGAGAAACGGGAGAGGCGAGCCUUGGAGCGGAAAAUGUCUGAGAUGGAGGAAGAAAUGAAGGUUUUAACAGAACUGAAGUCUGACAAUGAGAGGCUGAAAGAUGAAAAUGGUGCCCUCAUCAGAGUCAUCAGCAAACUCUCCAAAUAGACAAGCCCGGGAUUACAGGGGGUGUGGAGAACAACACUCACACCCCCUACCCCCUCCCAGCCAUUGCCUUCCCACCCCAGGAAGUGAAGGUGUUGGUGGCAGGCCCCUCCGCUCAGCCCACCAGGCACCUCCUCUGCUCUGCCCAUCGUCUCUGCACCCUCUGUGCUCAGCUCAUCUUCACAGAAGCAUGAUCGUGAUCAUUCAGCCAUUCAGCCUUUAGGAGGCAGCCUCAGGACUGCCCCAGGGUCAGCCGUGGCCCCUGCUUCCCGCUGCUCAGUUCCUUGUGUGUGAUGGAUGGGUCAGACAUGUAAGGCCUCUCCCCAAACUAGCACCCACUGUCUUAGCACUGACCCGUGUCCCUUAUCCCACCAGGGUAGAUAAGCCUGGUGGCCACUGCAGGGCCUGUCUGGGAGGCCAAGAGUAGUCACAGACUGUGGAACAGAGGGUGGGCAGCUCCUUAGGGCAUGUUGCUAGUUGAUUCCAAAGGGCCAGUGAUGGUACAGCAAGGGUCUCUGUCUCUCUUCACCUCUCAGGAACUGACUUUUCUCCAACUGCUGGUGGUGGUAUUUGCUCAACAGCCCAGAAAUAGCCCUGGCUCAUUUUAACCCCUUUUCCCUUCCUUCACCCCUCCCCAGGUCUCAGGUGAUCUUGGCUUUUCCUCCCUUUUCUGUUCAGCUUCUCUUCCCUGGAAAGCCAGACUGCCUGGACUCUCUCCCACUCAUCCCACCUUCUAUCCCCAAAACCCUGCAAACUGGUUUUCUGGAUUGGGAAGUCCAGGCUCUGAAUAGUGGCCUUUUGCCCGCCCUCUUUUGACCUCAUAUUCUCUUAAAGAAUAAGGAUGAUGUCAUUGCA